AUGAUAGAAUCUAUAACAUUAGAACUAAGACCUAGAUUACAAAUAUGCAAUGCCUUUAUAUAUUUAAAGAAAAAAGUAAAUUCAACAGGAGUUAAAAUAAAGCUUUUGAAAGAAAGUAUAGAAAUAACUAUAGAAAACAAUACAGUAACAUUUUUAACAAAAUUUGUAAAAUUGAUCCCAAAUUCAUUAUCAACAUUAAAUGUAACAAACAAUUGGAUUUGUUUUCGUGCACAAACAAUAUCGGAUCCUAUCCUUGGAUCUUUUAAAACUCAAAUAAUUAGUAAUUCUACAUUUAAUGCUAAUUCUAUAGAUGAUUAUGUAAAAAGUAUUGAUUUAUCCAAUGUAGACAAAUGUCAUAUAAUGUGUACAUGUUGUAAAAAUAUUCUCUCCAAAGACAUGUAUAUUAAAAGAGUUUUAUCUAUACCAGAUAUGAAUUAUGAUCCAAGUGAAUGGUUUUGCUGUAAACAUAAUCAUAAUAGCAUUAUGCAUGAUUUAAAUCCAUUAGAAUCUGAUAUUUUCUAUGGAUCAUUUUUUUUUAUCUUUCAUAUAAGUUUGUUUAAUCAUAAUUUAAAACUAGAUAAAGAUACUAUAAUUUGUAAUAGGUGUUUACAAUAUUUAGGAAAAGUUCAUACAGAUAGUUCAUUUAAAUUAUGGAGUUGUGCUGUAGACUAUAAUUUAUUAAAUAGUACAAAGAUAAGGAAUGCUACAAAUCCUUUUAAUGACUUUUUACUUGCUAUUAAAACUUCAAUGACUGGUAUAUUUGGUGAAGAAAUAGUUUUACAGUGUUUUGUAGGAAAAGAAACUCAUUCUCUCAUUUUGAAACCUAUGGAUUGGCAUUUAAACUUAAUGAUUGAACCAAGGGAAAUUCCAUGUAAUAAUGUUGUAACCUUACAAAGAGUAUCAGUUGUUAAAGUACUAUAUAAAUAUGAAACAAGUAAAAAUAUUUCUAAUUUUGUAAACAGAUCAUAUUGUGAAGUAAGUUUUUUGGUAAUAAGAGCAGGUUUGGAACAUUUAUUAACAUCAACAAAACGAUUUCCACAGUUUCAUAGAUUAGUAGCUGAUCAUUAUAUUGGACAUAUAUACUUAGAAAAUUCUACGAAUGAUACUUGA